CACCUUCUCUUUGUUUUUGGUAAACUACUCUUAGCCACCACCCAAAACCCAUCAUUUUCACCUUCACCAUUUACAAUAUAAAUAUAUAUGUAUAAGUGUAUUUAUGUUACCAAAAUGCUUCACAUUGCUAAAAUGAAGACAUCCCCAAGCUGUUCUUCAUCUAAUUCUUGCUUAAUAUCUUCAUCGCCAUUAUCAUCAUCAUCUUCUUCAUCAUCAUCGGAGACUUCCUGUAGCUUGCCGGAGAAACCCAAGGCCAAAAGGGCUAGAAAAACCCCCGAUCAGAACGGCAAUGCUAAUAACAAUAAUGUCAGAAGAAGCUCCAUUUACAGAGGAGUCACCAGGCAUAGAUGGACUGGGAGAUUUGAGGCUCACCUUUGGGACAAGAGUUCUUGGAACAAUAUUCAGAGCAAGAAAGGAAGACAAGUUUAUUUAGGGGCUUACGAUAGUGAGGAGGCAGCGGCUCGAACGUAUGAUCUAGCUGUCCUUAAGUAUUGGGGGCCAGAAACGACCUUAAAUUUCCCGAGAGAGAGAUACGAAAAAGAGAUGGAAGAAAUGAAGAAAGUGACGAAGGAAGAGUACUUGGCAUCUCUACGACGUCGUAGCAGUGGAUUCUCUAGAGGAGUCUCCAAGUACCGUGGGGUAGCCAGGCAUCAUCAUAACGGGAGAUGGGAAGCUCGGAUCGGUCGAGUUUUGGGGAACAAAUAUCUCUAUCUGGGCACUUAUAACACACAAGAGGAAGCCGCAGCUGCAUAUGAUAUGGCAGCAUUGGAACACAGGGGGGCCAAUGCCGUGACCAAUUUCGAUGUUAGCCAUUACAUCGACCGUUUGAAGCAGAAAGGUAUUUUGUUUUUCGACAAAACGCAAGAUCGAAUUCCAGACUCCGGUGAAGCUCAGCAAGCAGAAUCUGUAGAAAACGAACAACUUCAGCCGUCAUGGCAGCAAGAAGAACAACAACAAGUACAGAAGCAAGAAGAAGCCGGAACAUCUCAACGUUUUCAGUACAUGCAAAUGCAGCUUCCUCCAUGCAUUGAAAGUCCGACUACGACGAUGGCCGGCAUCGAGCCGACUGAUAGCAAUGAGCUAGCAUGGAGUUUCUGCAUGGAUUCAGAGUUGACAUCGUUUUUGGUCCCAAACACCCCCCUCGAUGGAAACGAUGAAUUGCCGGACUUGUUCGAUCAUGAUACGGGGUUUCAGGAUAACUUGGACUUGAUAUUUGGUGUAGGGUCCCCUAACGAAGAAGAGGCUAAUCAUAAAUGUCUACCGGAUGAUGCAAUCGAAGCUGGUGUUGCGGUGAACAUGGAAGAUGAUAGUGGGAAGGAGCUGUUGUCGUCUCCGUCUUCAGAUUCGGAUUCUCCGUAUUCAUCGACGACCUCUGUUUCUUGUAACUACUCGGGUUAGUUGUUUCUGUUUCGGGUUAUUUGGAGUUUGUUGUUGGAAAUCUGUUGUGGGUGGAUGGAUGCCAAGGAUUCAAAGUUUCUUUGGUUUUUG